CAGGCCUUUAACGGUUAUCAACAUGUAAUCUUUUGAAAAAGAACAUUCAUUUGCUGCGUAGAGAUCAUAGUCUAUUUGAAACUUAAGGUAGAAGAAAGUCUUAACCUUCUCAUUUUAAGACACACCACUGCAAUUAUUAAAUAGCACAACUGCAAUAUCUUCCGUUUUUAAAUAAAAAAUAAAAUGUUGUCACCCCUAUAUCAAAGUAUUUGUUCAAAAGUUUAAUUUUUGGCUGUCCUGUAAAAAGGCGAAAAUCAGGCCUCAACAUACCUUAUUGUGGUGAGGUCCUUAGAAGCCGCGUGCGUCCUGAGAUAACGUCUUUGAUAGCUCCUGCGUCGUUGUCAUGACAACAGAAAGCCUUCAGACGACAGGACACCUGUAGGAGGCCUGGCCCUCCCCUCUGUCUCUCUGAGUUUCUGCUGAACUGAACAACGAACUGUCAAAUUCUGACAUGAAACCAGGAAAACUUUUGUCACUUUUGGCUUUUUUUUUCACAAACUUCUGACCUACGUCAAAGGAGAUGAGCCCUAAAAAGACAAGAACUCCCAGUGGUGUGAUCACCUUCCACACACCUUUUGCGGUCAGCUUGUUGAAAUCAGAGGAUUGCACAGUAGAUCUAAAGGAGACUGCAGUGAGCAGACAGAGCCCAUCUAUGUCAAGGAAUGCCAGUAAUUGUGUCGGAGCAAGGAAAAGGAAUGAGACCUCACCCUCGAAGCCACAGCUGGGCACAAGUCAAGCCUUGCUCUCUCACUCCUCCCUCAGACGCGUGCAGGCCAAGAUGGAGGCUGAAAAUCAAGAAGCAAAAAGAAUAAUUCAGCCUUUACUGGAUACAGAAAACAGUCUGGUGAAGGAGAUAGAGAGGUAUUUCAGCCAGCGGGAUGUAACAGAGCUGAGGAGGAGGGAGCUGCUGCAUAAACAUUGGUCUGAGAAUGUUUGGCAUCCCCUCCAAAGGAGAGUGAAGGAACUUGUGUCCAGAUGCAGCCUUGUGGAGGCCAAGAGACGCCAGAGCUUAUACAGUCACUAUCUCCAACACUGCAACACCAAGGGUUUUGUGUUUCUAGAAAGCUUCGAUCUGAAGGAAUACAAUCCUUUUCUCCUCAACAUCAGAAAGCCAUACUACCUCAAACUCAGCACAGCUGACUUCAAGGACCCAUUCUACCUUCAGUUACAUGAGAGAGCGAAGUAUCAGAGAACAGCCCACUCUGGUGAAGCAGGAUACAAACGUAAACUUCCUCGUCCUCUCAGUGAUUCUGUUGCAUCUUGGGCUAACACAAACCUCCAGACCUUAUCUAGUUGUCCAGUCUCCACACCAAGAAAAACUCCAGGGGGUUCUCAAGACAACAAGUCCACCAGGCCUCACAACAUCCCAUAUCACAUCAGUGUGUCUGCCACACCAGACGGACGGUGCCAUCGGCCUGACUGCUGGUUCUCAAGCUGUGGAUUUCAGCAACAACCAGUGAUUUUACACCAACUCCAGCCUACAGAUGAAUAAAUUCCCUU